UCAACCAGGGGCUCCGCCAUUUUAACUUCCUGCUUCAAAAGAAGACGAGCUACUCGCACAGUAUUUCUACACGAAACGUGUUGUUAUUUAGCGUAACAUAGGGGUCUUGUCUUGUUUAUUUCCCCCACAGGGAUCAAUCUAACUACCUCUAUUAGUUUCUGACAGCGUGUGUCGGUUAGUUUCAGCCGGAGAGUCGCGAUGCCGAGCCACCCGCUGCGUGUAGCGGUUGUGUGCUCGAGCAACCAGAACCGCAGUAUGGAAGCGCACAAUAUCCUCAGCAAACGUGGAUUUGAUGUACGUUCAUUUGGGACGGGGUCUCAUGUGAAGCUACCCGGUCCUGCCCCGGAUAAGCCAAAUGUGUAUGACUUCAAAACAACUUAUGUACAGAUGUACAACGACUUGGUCCGCAAGGACAAGGAACUAUACACACAGAACGGCAUUCUGCACAUGCUGGACCGCAACAAGCGCAUCAAAUCAAAGCCGGAGCGCUUUCAAAACUGCAAGGAUAAGUUUGACCUGGUCAUCACCUGUGAAGAGAGAGUCUAUGACCAAGUGCUGGAGGAUCUGAAUUCAAGAGAGCAGGAGACUCUACAGCCUGUGCACGUCAUCAAUGUAGACAUUCAGGAUAACCACGAGGAAGCCACGCUGGGCGCCUUCCUUAUCUGUGAGCUGUGUCAGUGUAUCCAGCACACUGACGACAUGGAGAAUGAAAUCGAUGAGCUCCUACAAGAGUUCGAGGAGAAGAGCAACAGGCCUUUUCUUCACACCGUCUGUUUCUACUGAUACACAAUAGAAAUUUGCAAUAAACAGACCCAGAUCACAAGCAGUCAAACAAUAAUAUAUGGACGCACGCACAUACAUACUCACUCCUCAGUCAUUUACGACACAGUACAUACACAUUGUGUGCCUACACAUACACACAGACACACACAGAGCUUUUGGUCAGGACCUAACAAAUGGCUGCUGUUGGACAUUGGUGAUGAUGGGUUUUUCCUCUAUGCAGAGGACGGACUCGCUGCUCUCGCUCUGCCUUUAUUUCCCCGGAUCAAGGUCAGGCCAAGGUCCUUCCUCCAUCCCAGUCCAGUGAAAUCACUCAACCAUGUCUCCUCAGGGAGAGCCAUAACACAAACACACACCCCAGAUUCAACAAUUCCUUUACAAGUCCCUCUGAUUUUGUUCAGUGCAGCAUAUUAAUGCUGAUUUCUUUUUUUGUUUUGUUUUUUCAAGAUUAUAUUGUGAUUCAUUUAAGCAUAUUUGUCAGAUUUUUAUUCCUGAUCUGGGACAGUGUAAAUGUGGAGGAGAAUUAAUUGAACUGAACGCGUGUUUUUGUGCGACCAUGUGUUGUAGAUUAGAAUUAAGUUAAAGUGGGUGAGCUAGUAAUGAAUAACCAAACCUAGUCCUCUCUGAGGAUCUCCUCCAAUCUGUUACCAAUAUAAUGUGUUGAUUCAUAUUUAAACUUGGAUAUGCUAUUUUUCAGGGCAUAGUAUUUUUUUCUUUUCUUUUGUAAAUGUCAAAGAAUUGAAGCAUUGUAAUUAUUUGCAAACUGCGAGCUCAGCUCAAGAGUGCCUGAUUUUUCUGUAUGUACAUAUGAAUCCACUAAAGAAAGAAACAUCUCUAAGAAA